GUAGAUGUAGACGUAUUUGCAAAGUGUACCUGUCGAUCGAGAAAUUUCCAUAAAUAUUAAAUAUGUGGUUAAGUUUCCCUUGGUUAUGACGCAUGGCGACACAAAAGAUUCCGGAUGAUGACUGUCAGAUGGAAUUUUUAUGAAGUAUUCUUGGAUGGAAAAGCAUCGUGAAAAUCGUGCUUAUUUAUCUCAUUUAUCUUAUUUAUCGCGAGUAACAAUAACGAAGAAACACAAGGCACACGUAAUCCCGCAGGAGACAAACGUGAUAUGAAACAAGACGUCCUUUAUGUGCGUCCUAGGUUAAUCUUAUGUACGCUUAUAUAUAAUAUACUAACUACACAGAAGAUAAAAUACUGAUUCAUCUCUCAUAUUUGAUUUCACUUUCUAAUGAACGAAGUCGAGGAAUCAUGCACUCGGCAGGAAAACAUAAUAUUAGGAACAAAAAUAAAUGCUCUAGUAAAUAAUAGAAACGAUGAACGAAACAUGGAUUUUCCUAUGUCAGAUGUGAAACACGACGAUCUUGAAGACAAACUUUUGGAUCAUGUGACUAAUAGCAAAGCGAUCUUCAAGAGUCAACAGAAAGGAGAACCCGAAUUGACGUUUGAAGAAAAGCGUGUCAUAGCUGAGAAAUUGUUGAAGAAAAGCCAUUGCUCAUUUCUGUCUAAAUUCGGACAUUACUUGAGAGUGGAACAUUUGGAAUAUUUCAACAAGAGUCAGGAUUAUGAGACGGUUUACCACGUGAAUAGAUUACGAAGAUAUUUUAAUAAUUCUACACGACAUAUCGAUGUUAGAAACAGAAGAUAUGAAGCUCUGAGAACAUUGAUAGAGAAGGGAGAUUAUUUCAGCGAGUGUGAAAUGAUGAAAAGGAAUCCAUUACUAUAUGAACAUUUAAUAGGGCAAUAUUUAUCAGAAGAAGAAAAGAAAGCUAGAGACAGCAUUGAUGCGCAAAGUGCAAAUUAUGUGGAUAUACUUAUGGAAACUAUCGAGAGAAAUAAAGUACAAAAAUACUUAAGAUCUCAACAGAAGGAGGAAGACGAAGUACGGGAAGAGAAUGAUUCGGAUGAUGAUGAUGAUGAUGAUGAUACUGAUGAUAAUGGAAAGAGUAUUGCAUCUAAAAACCUUGAUAAACAGAGUCAUUACCAAUGGGGUGAAAAUUUAAGUGAAAAAAAUAAUAGUGAUAAAGAUAGAGAUAACAAAUUACAAAGUUGCAGUAAAACGCAACAUAAAAUAUCAAGCCAAGAAAUAAAAUUACUUAGACAGGAAUUUGUCACAAAUAUGUAUCAAAGUUUCUUGGAUGGUAAAGAUAGAGAUUUUGAUUAUAGCACUGUUGAUGACAAUGAAGCUUAUGAUAAUGUAGAAUUGAGAAAUCAAGAUGAAGAAGAAAAAUACUUUGAUUCUGAAGCUCCUGAAACUGUUCUUCCACACAGUGAAUGCAAUGAUCCAAACGAAUCUGAAGAUGAGUUGGAUAUAUAUAUGAAAUCACUGAAGGAACAGACUCCUACAAAUCUACACUCUUUGGAUAAUCAGACAUAGCCCUGUUUACAUUGGGUUACAAUAAAUAUAUUUGUAUUUAAUAAAAAAAA